UUGCAAAUCCCCUCUUCGCCCUUUUCAGAUUCGAGCGACGAUAAGGAGGUCCUCGUGACCGCGACCUCCAAUGCCCCUUGCCCGUCUGGCACUGCUUGGCUUGGCAAUGGCACCAACGGUGGCGGGGGCGGCGGUGUUGGUGUUGGUGCUGGUGUUGGUGGAGGUCCGCCUCGCGCUUGCCUCUCCACCAGCAGCGGCAGUCCGAGCUGUUGUUCUACAGAGCCCGAGUUCGAGCUCCGGCCUGGCCUGCUGCACUCGCAGGCGAGGUGUUGUGCCGCGAGUCAGCGUGUCUGUGCCGGCCUCGGCGGUGGUGAAAUGCAAGCAUGUCCACUCGACGCCUGUUCGACCGCCACGGUGUCCAACCUGAGUCCGACGGCCGCGAACCUGGAGGCCUAUGCGAUGCAGUCGAAGCAGUCGGACAUGAUGCACUAUCACCAACCGCAUCAGUCGCAUCAACCGCAACAUCAGUCGCCAUCAGGCUUGCUGCAACUGUCGCCACAGCUGUUCCACUUCCGUCAGGCGGUGCAUCAGAGUUCGAGUCCCGUCGGGAUGCGCCAGGGCAAAAAGCUGCGUAAAGCGAGAACAGCCUUCACGGAUCACCAGUUGAGUGAAUUGGAACGCAGUUUUGAUCGACAAAAGUACCUCAGUGUCCAGGACCGCAUGGAAUUGGCCGCUCGACUGAGCCUCAGCGACAUGCAGGUGAAGACUUGGUACCAGAACCGGAGGUAA